GAUUUGGUCUCGUCCCUACCGGUUACAUGUACAUGAUGAAAUGCAGUAAAGAUGAUGAGAAGUUUGAACAAGGACAAGUUAUUCCGUACGGGAACAUUGAGCUUAGCCCUGCAGCUGGAGUCCUAAACUAUGGACAGGGAUUGUUUGAAGGCACAAAAGCAUAUAGAAAAGAAGAUGGGCGGCUUCUCCUAUUCCGUCCUGAUCAAAAUGCGUUGCGAAUGAAACUUGGUGCUGAAAGAAUGUGCAUGCCUUGCCCUUCUGUUGAUCAAUUCGUCGAAGCUUUGAAACAAACAGCGCUCGCUAACAAGCGUUGGAUUCCUCCGCCGGGAAAAGGGUCCCUCUACAUGAGGCCUCUUCUGCUAGGAACAGGCGCAGUACUGGGUAUAGCACCGGCACCUGAAUAUACAUUCUUGGUAUAUGGUUCUCCUGUUGGCAAUUACUUCAAGGGAUGUUCGGCACCUUUGAACUUGUAUGUGGAGGAAGAGUUUUCUCGUUCCUCUCGCGGUGGAACUGGAGGUGUAAAAGCCAUCUCGAAUUAUGGUCAAGUUUUGAAUGCGCUAGGCAGAGCGAGAAGCAGAGGAUUUUCAGAUGUCUUGUACCUUGACUCCGCAAAUAAAAAAUAUUUGGAAGAAGCCUCCGGUUGCAACAUUUUCCUUGUAAAGGGUAAUGUUAUUUCAACUCCUGCUACAAAUGGAACUAUUCUAGCUGGAGUCACUCGAAGAAGCAUCAUCGAAAUUGCCCGUGAUCUUGGCUACCAGGUGGAGGAAAGGGACAUUGCAGUAGAUGAAUUGAUCGAAGCUGACGAAGCUUUUUGCACCGGAACUGCUGUCGUUGUGUCCCCUGUAGGCAGCAUCACAUAUCAGGAUAAACGAAUUGAGUUCAGAACAGGUGAUGGGUGUGUGUGUAGGGGACUAUGCUCAAAUCUUGUAGGAAUUCAAAGGGGUCUGAUUGAGGAUAAGAAGGGUUGGACCAUUGAAAUAGAUAGUUAA